AUAGAAACAAAAAAGGAAACAAAGUUAAGCUACUUAUUAAUCUACUGGCAGACCCGGCAAAUGUUAUUUUAAACGACUUGCCGCCACCUACAAGGCAAUUUUUUACCUUUUCGGGGUGAAAUUUAUUGUUACUAAGUUGAAGUAAACAAUACACAUUUUUAAAAUUAAUUAAAAUUGAUUAAGCGUUUACGGAGACUAGUGUUAACAAAUAUAGUGACAGGGGAUUUUUAUAAAUAUAUAAACAGAGACCAAAUCAGGAGGCUAAUGUAUUUAUGUGGUAAUACAUUUGUAUGUGGAUUAAUUUGUAUAGCUACGUGAUGUAUCAUUUGUAUUACACAUUAUUUACACAUUUACAAAAAAAAAUAAUAAUAAUAAAGAUGUCAAAUUCAUAGCCAAGUAAUGAUACAUGUCCAAUCUCUCUAUUGAAUACCUAAUACGUAUAAUAGCAUCACGAAUACGAAGCAAUUUGGAAGAGAUGGCUCCUAUCUUUGGAAGCCUUCGGAUUUCAUUAUUGAGCGGAAUUUUGUGAUAGGUAGGUAGGUAGGUAGCGUAUAAAACAGCUUUUGGGCUUAUUGUGUGGCACACCUGACGAUUGCCUGUCGCUGACCACCUGUCGCUAUACAAAUUUAAUAGGAAGUCGUCCUUUCUUUCAGAAUAAGAGCGAAAAUCGCGAAACAAAAUCAAAAUCAUAAGAUAACUAUUAUUUCCUGGUAUUACUCACAACAGUCAAAUGACGAACGAACAAAAUUGAGGAACAGACUUAGAUAUAUUUCAAAUAUAAUUUAGAAUAAUGCUAAAAUAUUUUAUAAAAUUUAUAGUAUAAUAUGAAUUUAAUAUAGGGGAUUCUAAAACAAAUACAAUGAUUUUCUAAAAAAAUUAAAUAUAUUUAAUAUGCACAUGUAUGCAUCAUACAAUGAUGUAAUAUAUGUACGUAUAUUAGAUAUCUGAUAAUUAUGUAUUUAAUACUGACUUUAACUGCAAUUUGGACCAUGUUAUUUGAAUAAAAUACAGGUAAAUUUCAUGGCGUUUAGUUCCGCCGGACAUAACAAACAAAGUAAUUUUCACAUCUUAUUUUACUAAUGUAUGAAACUAUAACUAAAUGAUGCUUGUAUAUGAGUGAUCAAAAUAUAUUAGAUGUUUUAGAGCAAAAUUUUUGUUUUUAUUUUGUCUGUUCGUCUAUAUGUUUGUUCCAGCAUCACGCAAAAACUUCUCCACCAAAUUGUAUGCGGUUUUCACACAGUUGUGUUCCUGAAGGUCUAAUUUAAAAUCUAAAAUAUGUUUAAUCUUGAUACGUUAUCUAGAAGUGAUCUGUUUUAUUAGUUGUUCUACAUCUGACAUUCACGCAUACAAAAUAAUGCAAAAAUGAUAUGUAUUUUUUAGUAAUAAGAAUUAAAUAUCUUGACAAGAUAUUAAGAAAUUAGAUAAAUAAUAUGUACGAAUAAGACCAAUUGUACUCAUGGGUUUAUUCUAAGAAAUUGUAAUGAAACUCGAAUUGCUUCCUUAUACACUUAUUUUACGAUAUUUCCUCGGUAAUUAUAUUUGGGAAGGAUAUUUAUAUUCUUGUGUGGACGUAUGUGUAGGAUUGGAGUAAUAGGGCAUAACUCGCGUCGUCGUCGACCGCUCCCUUCCUCAAUUAUCCAAUUUCCUUGUCAGAUAUCGACCUAGUAUACGACUAUUCAUUACUAUUACGCAAUCAGGCACUGCUACUAAGAGAUCUAUAAUUGUACAAAUUCAGAAUCUAGUUAUAUGUAACUAAACAGUUAGUAAAGCCGCAAACGCAGGCUCGCCACUUUGUCUAUGUGACCGGGAUAUAAUUAAUUUACGAAGACACCGAGCAAUUCUGUAUAUAUUUCCCCAUGCUAAAUAUCUACUAUGUUUUUGUCACAUGAAAAUAUAAAGAUUCUCAAACUUAUUUGAUAGUUGGGCGGACUUUGUCAGUUUUUUUGUCAUAUUAUUGUCGAAUGUUUAUUUGAAAGGAUAUGAAUAAUUUCGAUUAAAUAUUAAAAUUUUACUCUAUUUAACAUGAGGAGUUUACAAGCAGGCAGUUAAAUUUUCCCACAUACGAGAUUUCUGUAUCACCUUUAUUUUACCUUUACCUUAUUACCUGUGUAUAUAUUCGAUAUCUUUUUGUAUUGCCAAGUUCGUCUAAUCUCCUUCAGAUAUCCACGUCACUUCUACUUAUCUAAGUAUCUUUUAUGAUUAUAUACAGUAACUUAUCAAGUAAGCAAGAUAAGGGCGCUGUUUAGUUGAAUCAUUUCCUAUAUACUCGUAUUUUACUUUCUUUCUUUGAUAGUCAACUUUUUUAAGAAGGAAAAAGGAAAUAGUAUAAAUUCAUAGAUAUUUUGGUAUAUUCCGUAAGCAUGGUCUUAGAGUUUUUAUUUUCAUACAAUAUAGAUGGGUACUUUUAACAACAUUUUUACAAGCGAUUUAAACAAGCUACUAAUUAGUUAUAUUAUUUACAAUUUUUAUUAGAAUAGGUACCAUGUGUUUAUUGAACAAUCUAUUUGUUAUAAGAUUCAAUUGUAAAUGGUCCAUAAAUAUCGCGAUUUGUUCAUGUGGAAUUAUAAAUAGCACGACCUUUCCCGACCUAGACCUUGGCCGCUUCAUCACAACUACUUUUAAUCAUGUCUCGGGUAGCUUAAACGCCGCUCCGCCGUUGAGAUAAUGAAAAUUAAGAACGUUAUACACAUAGUUUACGUUAUAUUAAAAUUAAUAUCAUUCGUAUUUGGCAUUGAUUUACUGAAAUGGAGAAUAUUAGGUGUUCCUCCAUGCGUACCUCAACUGUAUAUGUAAUCUAUAUGUCAAUUUAGUGCGUAAUAUAUUGGGAUAAAGUAACCAUGAGUCGUGAUGUUGGGGGAGAUAGUAGUGUGGAUAAAGAAGUGGAGGUUGGUUGAGGAGUGAUGCUGGUGCGGGGGUGCGCGGGGGGUGAGCUGCGGCACUCGCUGGCGGAGCGCACGAAGGCGCUGGCGGCGCGCUGCCACGCGCUGCGCUCGCCGGCGCGCGCCGACCAGCGCAGCGCCGAGCGCCGCCGCCCCAGGCACCGUAAAUCGCAAACUCGCUGGUAUGUCAAGCAGCCGACAUGGCGGUUGUGGGGGGAGGAGCGCGUCGACGGCGCUAUCUACACCGUCUACCUGAAGAAAGUGCGCUACCACCGGCCUACGAGGAGUGCCUCCAGUGAGUCGGAUGACGAGAUUUCGCACCUGGAGUGGGAGACGGUGCGCGUGCGCUUCGUGAAGGCGGGCACCGUCGAGCGGCUGGUGGAGGCGCUCGCCACGGAUGACGGCGAACUCGAGUCCACUUACGUCAAUGUAUUCUUAGCCACAUACCGAUCAUUCGCGGAAUGCACUCGAGUCUUGGACCUUUUGCUUCGACGAUAUGAAGCUUUGGCUGCGGAGGACGUUGUUCACACGACAGCGGUUGAUACUUCACUACAACAUCGAAAGACUCUGGUGGCAUGUCUCCAUGUUUGGUUGGACACCUAUCCGGAGGACUUUCGUCAACCUCCGCACCACCCCGCACUACAACAGCUACUCGCCUUCACACAGCUUCAUUUGCCAGGCUCGGAGCUUCAUUUGAAGGUAUUGCAGAAGUUAGCAAUAUUCAGUGCGGAACGUAAUGGGUCCGGUGUCGGCGGGGGCGUGUGCCUGGCGCCGGGCAUGCGGCUCACGGCACACCACACCAGUACAUAUCGACUGCCGCAUGUGCCUCACCGACACUUCGCCGAACAAUUAACUAGAAUGGAUAUGGAAUUGUUCAAGAAACUAGUGCCUCAUCAGUGUCUUGGUGCAGUUUGGUCGAGACGAGACAAGGAUCGCUCUCAUGACGCAGCAACUGUAUCAGCCACUGUUAAUCAAUUUAAUGCAGUAUCCUUUCGAGUUAUUUCUACAGUAUUAGUAGAGCCCAAUUUAAAGGCACACGAAAGAGCUGAUAUACUCGCAUCAUGGCUAGAUAUUGCCCGCGAACUAAGGGUGCUCAAAAAUUUUUCAUCACUAAAAGCUAUAAUAUCAGGAUUACAGAGUAAUCCGGUUUAUAGAUUGAGAAAAACAUGGGCUCUGUUGCAAAAGGAAAAAUCAGAGUUGUUUGAUGAGCUCGCCCGAAUUUUUAGUGAGGAUAAUAAUAGAUGGGCUCAGAGAGAAUUGUUAAUGCGCGAGGGAACAGCCAAGUUUGCUGAUACAGUUGGUGAAAAUGAUCGACAACUACAAAAGCUUCUACACGAACGAGGAUCCCCUGGAGUAAGCCAUGGCACAAUACCAUAUUUGGGAACUUUUUUAACAGAUCUUACUAUGAUCGAUACUGCUAUACCAGAUACAGUAGCGGAUGGUCUUAUAAAUUUUGAUAAACGACGGAAGGAAUUUGAAGUUCUAGCGCAAAUAAAAUUACUUCAGGGUGCUGCGAACGCCUAUCAACUGCCUCCUGAUCCAAUGUUCGACCGAUGGUUCGACUCGGUGAUAGUAUUAGAUGACCGGGAAGCGUAUCAGCUAUCGUGUCAAAUAGAACCACCGACAAACCCGCCUAAAGAGAGGCGACCGAAGAAGAUGAACGAUUGUAAUAACCAAGGACACAGAAAGAACGAUUCAAUCGCUAGUACAAGUUCUAGUAAUAGUUCCCAAUUUUACUGUGAGACUGAUGGAAUUGUUAAUAACGCGUGGAAACGAGAUAGUUUAGAGCGACGGGCCUCACCAACCAGACUAUCCCAUGGCUCAUCUUCUUCGUCUUUACCGUCUCUAGAUGUAUCUCUGUCUAGUGCAAAUAGUAAUCAAAAGCAAGCAAAUGGCAAAACGAGUAUAGCGAGUCCAGCACAUGCGAAUUCGCGAAGUGGACCGGAUUUUUAUAUUAUUCGAGUAACUUUCGAGUCGGAUUGCGCGGAGACGGAAGGUGUGGUGCUAUAUAAGUCGAUAAUGCUGAGCAACAACGAACGUACUCCGCAGGUGAUACGUAAUGCGAUGUUGAAGCUCAACUUAGAAGGUGAUCCCGAUGGUUACACCUUGGCUCAAGUUUUGCCAGACAGAGAAAUGUUGCUACCAUCAAACGCGAACGUGUAUUAUGCUGUAAAUACUGCAUACAACUUAAAUUUUAUCUUGCGGCCGCGUAAACCACAACAAGAUGAGCUGACGAACGGAAAAGUGCGAGGCAAGCGUCCCUGACUAUACACAAAAUAAGCCUUCGCCCGGGCUUUCUUUCGGCGCAGAACUCCUGUGAUCUUGUACAAAUCUUCAAGUUCCUCUCAUUAUUUAUUUUGUGACUGAUGUGUUGAUUUCGUACUAUUUCGUUGUACUGCAGUGCGUGUUCAUUCAAAGUGUACUCAUCUUUAUCUUAUCUAAACUAUUUAUAAUUCAAGUGUACUUGAUUAAAAAGUACUUUUAAUGCCACCUUAUAUUUUCAUUGUCUGUAGUUAUAUAAUUAAGUAUUGUUUAUAUGUAAAUGUGACUUAAUAUUUUGUAUAUAAUGAAAGUGUAAAUAAUAAUCUCAAUACCCUAGAAUAAUACUGAGCCAAAGGCAAAUAAGUAUGUCUAAGAGCAAGGUGCUGUUUACUUGUAUACAACAUUAGAGAAGAGCUUUAAAUUUAAAGAUUUUGAGAAACCGAAUUCCCUGUAUUGACAUAUACUACUUAUAUAUUUAUUUGUGUAUAUGUGCUUUAAUGAAUUUAAAACUGUAUAUGUAUGUAGUAUUUUGCAUGUUGAAUAGUUAUUAGAAAUUGCUAGUUGUUAUACAAUUUUAGAAAAUGUUUAGAUAAUGUGAAAUGAUAUACUCAAGACUCAAGUCCGUAUUGAAGAUCAGGUAGGAAAUUUAUGAAAUUAGCAAAGGGGUAUGAAGAAAAUUUUUCCAUGUGUUAAAAAUAUGUAUUGCAUUUGUGUAAGUUCCUUUAAUUUUGCUGGCGAGCGUAUAAUGUUACACAAUAAAAAAGAUUUUUGAAAACAAUUUUUACUAUGUUUUACCAUGGGCUAGGAUUAAUUAAAGUUGAAACUCAAAAAAGAUCUGUAAUUGUUAUAUUUAUAUGUAUCUCUAAUAUUUUAUGUGUCUGUAUAAAUAGUUAUAAUUAUUUUAUUUUGUACUAAAAUAUUCAAAAUUUUUGUAUUUUUUUAUUUCCAUGAUUUUACUAUUUGUUUUUUUGAAAUAAAAAAAAAACUAUAAUAAUAUCUUGAAACCAGUAAUAGAUUUUAAUGGGAAUCAAUGUUAAAAAUAAAAUAAUUUACAUUAUAUUUACUCAAAUAAUUGAACAUCGUCCCAAUAUCCCAUAAAUGUUUUGGAGAGGUUUUAAGCUGGUAAGAAUAGACAAAAAUUAAUACAUAAAAUUUUUUACUGAACAAGGUGUCAUUUUGUGGAAGUCCAUAUCACUGGUUAUUUGAUCAGAAUUAUUUUGUUUAAUUCCGCUACCAUUAGUAUGUGUGCGACUACCAAGACUGAAGAAGAAUGACUACUAUUAUUAUUACCAGAUGUUCUACAACCUUCCAAAUUAGCCAUUAAUUUUCCGACUGCCAUUUCAUUCAUGCACGUUUUGCGACACGCGUUUUAUCUAUUUGUCUCAAGUGCCUAGUUUAAAGGUGAAACACGUGUUGAAAAACAUGCGUGAUCGAAAUGGUAGUCGGAGAUCGAUAGCUAAUAUGGAAGUUUGUAGACCUUCUGGUAAUAAUAAUAGUAUCUUAAUUGUCAAAAAUAGUAAAUCAAUAUUUGAGUGUUGACAAUCGCACACAUUAAUAGUAUGGGAAUUAAACAAAAUAAUCAAAUAACUAGUAAAAAAUGUCGUUUAGUCUUUAAUAACUGUGUCGUAUAAGUUAGAAAAAUACACUUUUAUGAAUUCUUUUUUAUUUAUUGUCUCAUAGUUUUAUAAAAAAAAAAUCUCAGUGUAUUAAUAAGUUUAUUUGUAAGUUCAUAUUUUUUCUAUUAUAAAAUUCAACCUGUUUGUUACCUACGCCCUAUGAUAUUAAAUAAUAAUUUGUAAAUAUUUGUACCGAAUUAAUGUGUAAUUUUGUAGUUUUCCACCAACAUUUCUGUAAUAUGUUUAUAUAUUUGUGUAAUAAAACUGAAUAAUA